AGUCUCCUCGGGAACAGCCUUCUCUGGCCUCCUCUGCACCCGGAAGACUCAACUCUUGCCAAGAUGUCCUGCCAGCAGAACCAGCAGCAGUGCCAGCCCCCACCCAAGUGCCCCUCACCCAAGUGUCCCCCAAAGAGCCCAGCACAGUGUCUGCCUCCAGCUUCCUCUGGCUGUGCCCCAAUCUCCGGGGGCUGUGGCUCCAGCUCCGAGGGCGGCUGCUGCUUGAGCCACCACAGGCGCCACCACCGAUGCCGGCGCCAGCGCUCCAACUCCUGUGACAGGGGCAGUGGUCAGCAAGGCGGGGGCUCCGGCUGUGGCCACAGUUCUGGGGGCUGCUGCUGAUCCAGAUCCUGAGGCCGAGAUAAGCGAUUUUGGAGGAAACAGGAAUCCCAGGGGACGAGGAGCUGCCCCAUGCUGAUGCACGCUUUCCCAGAUACCGUCUUCUGACUUUCAAGGCUGAGCUAAGGGUUUUCCUGUGGAGGACCUGAGCUCUCCCCUGACGGCACUUCCUAUUUUAUGUCUAGAAUGUCACAUGUUUCCCUAUCCCUGUACCUGCCAAUGAUUGACAGUGCUUGUGUCUGACUUCAUCAAAAAAUAAAGCUUCUUGUCUUCUUUACCA